AUGGAGGCAAGGCAGCUGAAAAGAGAUGUUGAAGCCCUUAUUGGUGAUUACAUUGGGCAGAAACUCAGAGAAAAGUCUUUUGAUCCAAAGGGGAAGGGGACCUCCACGAUGCUGGAUGACCUGGCUCACUAUGACCUUGCCAUUAGUGUUGCCCUUUGGUGGUUGGACAAAGAAGAGGGACGGGAUAUGCUCGACAGAGACAUCAUUGGAGCAACACACAGCGCAGGAAGUGCCCGGUACCCUAACCGCUUAGAACGGGAGGCUAUGAUUCUGUCGUCCUUUGCUGGGAUAAUUAUGAAUAGCCUCCCAGUGGAGGAAAUCUUGGCUCUGUACCGGUGUAAACCAGCUGCUUCAUACACCAACCAGCAAUCCAAGGGUGCAAUCGUCUAUCCCUUUACUCUAUCCUAUCAUCCGUUUGCCAUGCUUGGCUCUUACAAGGCUGUGCACCACUCCAAGAGGCACAGUCUAAAAUUGAAAAGAUGGCUGUCUGAGAGGGUGAAGGUUAGUGCCCCGCCUGGACGAGUCUCGGUGCAAUCUUCAUCAUCGUCCUCUUCCUCGUCUCACUCCUUCCUCAGUGACAGCAAUCAUUGCCUUGAGGAAAGAGCCGAACACUAUGAGGGGUCACAAGAGUCUCUGCAGGACUAA